CAGCCGAGUGCGUAUAUGUGGAAAAGAAAGAGGAAAAAGACGAGAGAAAAUUGAGAAACCCCAGCAAGAAAAGGCACAAAAGCUGAAGUAACGGACGUGAAAGCAUCCGUCCAAAGUCAAGUUCACACCAAACAACAAUGCAUCUCUAACCUCCCUCCCCCCCUCUCCCCUCCCCUCUCUCUUCUUAACCAACCUCCCCACCCUUUUUCCUCGCUUCAAAUCCUCUUCCUCCAUCUCCAUCUCCAUCUCCUCCUCGCCCCCGAGAAGCUCACACAUCCCAUCCCAUCCCAUAACCAUACGCAGACACAAGGCUUCAAUGGAGCCGUGCACCAAGCAGUUCCUCCCGAUGCCUCCGCAGGACCCCAACUCCCCGUCGUCGUCCACCUCCUCUUCCUCCUCCUCCUCCACCUCGCCGUCCCACCCCUACCACCGCGCCCAGCCGCCGCACAACCUUCCGCCCUCCCCCAGGCCCGUCCCCCGCACCAUCGAGACCACCCCUUUCCCCACCACCUUCGUCCAGGCCGACACCACCUCCUUCAAGCAGGUCGUCCAGAUGCUCACCGGCUCCGAGCAGUCCUCCAAGAACGCCGCCGCGGCGGGCAGCGGCAGCGCCGGGAACCAGGCGGCGAGCGGGAGCGGGAGCGGGAGCGGCCCGUGCCGCCCGAAGAAGCCGUCCUUCAAGCUGUACGAGCGGCGGAGCAGUCUCAAGAACCUCAAGAUGAUCGCACCGCUGGCCAUGGGGGCGCCGCCGUCGCCGUCGACGAGGAACGCCUCCGCCGCGCCGGAGAUCCUCUCGCCGAGCGUCCUCGACUUCCCGUCCCUCAAGCUCAGCCCGGUCACCCCGCUCACCGGCGACCCCUUCUACCCCUCGCCGGCCUCGUCCUCGGGGGACGCCGCAGAGCGCGCGGCCAUCGCCGACAAGGGCUUCUUCUUCCACCCAUCGCCGCGUGGCGCCGAGCCGCCGCGCCUCCUGCCGCUCUUCCCCGUCAGCUCCCCCAGGAUGGCCGCGUCCGCGGCGGCGCCGGCCGAGUGACCCUCAGCAUCCACCUCUGCGCGCGCCUCCCGGCGUCAGGCUCUGUUCGGAGACGCUCCACUCCAGGCUCUGGGAGCAGAGUUGGCAGAGCUGUAGUUCAAAUAUGAGAGCUGUAGUUUCCCAGCUCCGCAGAUUCCGGUAGCUUGUGGGUUACCGAACAGGGCCUAAGUAACCUACCUACGACUACUAUCGCCGCCACCGCCGUCGCUGUAUCGCCGUCCUUUCUUGGCUGUUCUAGUUUCAUAGUAAGGUGUUUGCCGUGUCGUUCUUCGCCGGCGACGGCGCCGGCGCCGGCGCUGUUGUAAUUUUUGCUCCCUUCUUGAAAGGAAGAGGGGGGUUGGUUCGUUCUCUUUUGGGGCCGCGACUCCUUUCAUCGAUUAAUUAAAGCUUAAAAAUUCCGA